AUGCCAGAGGUAGAGAAAAAUGAUAAGAGGAUCAAAGAUUACUUAAUGAACAUUGGGUGUGAAAGAUGGUCCACAACAUAUUCCACUGUCAACAGAACAUUGACAAUGACUUCAAACAUUGCGCAGUCGAUCAAUGCAACGCUCAAGGCUGCUAGGGAAAUCCUAGCCUUUGCUGGAGUACAUAAGGCUCGCAUUUGCGAGCAAUUUCUUCGCAUUUGCAAAGAGUGCCUGGGUCAGCCUAGGUUUGCAUUUGCGAUCACGAGGUCACAUUUGCGGAAGGCUAGUGUCCGCAUUUGCGAGCAAAGCUUCGCAUUUGCGAUGGGAGCUGGGGAGGGGGAUUCUUAG